AUGGAUCCUAUCAACCAAUCUUCCGACAACACCAUCGCCGGUCACACAGCCGCCGACGACAUUCCCAAUGACGGCACUGGCGUCAUCAAGCUCGAUCCUUGGCUCUCGCCCUUCAAGGACGCCCUGAAGAGCAGAUACUCCAAGGCCCAGCAGUGGAUCAAGACAAUUGACGAGACUGAAGGCGGUCUGGAAAAGUUCAGUCGAGGCUACGAGACUCUAGGCUUCAACGUCAAGCCCAAUGGCGACAUAGUAUACCGCGAGUGGGCCCAAAGCGCCCUCAGAGCUUACCUCAUCGGUGACUUCAACAACUGGAACCGCGAUUCGCACGAGAUGAAGAAGAACCAGUAUGGCGUCUUCGAGAUCAUCUUGCCUCAGCAGAACGGCCAGCCCGCCAUUCCCCACGAUUCAAAGAUCAAGGUCUCCUUCGUCGUACCCAACGAUCACGCCAGACAAGAGCGCAUUCCCGCCUGGAUCACCAGAGUCACCCAAGACUUGAACGUCUCUCCCGUCUACGAUGCGCGCUUCUGGAACCCUCCCAAGAACGAGCGUUACACCUUCAAGCACCCCAAGCCCCCGAAGCCAAAGAGCGCUCGUAUCUACGAGGCCCAUGUCGGUAUCUCGUCGCCCGACCCAAAGGUCGCCACAUACAAAGAGUUCACGCAAAACACACUACCCAGGAUUCACCACUUGGGCUACAAUGUCAUCCAGCUCAUGGCUAUCAUGGAGCACGCAUACUACGCCAGUUUUGGCUACCAAAUCAACAGCUUCUUCGCUGCAAGCAGUCGCUACGGUCUGCCCGACGAGCUGAAAGAGCUUAUCGACACUGCCCACAGUCUGGGUAUCACUGUUCUGCUGGACGUUGUUCACAGUCACGCUUCGAAGAAUGUGCUUGAUGGUCUGAACAUGUUCGACGGUAGCGAUCACCUUUACUUCCACGAGGGCGCAAGAGGUAGACACGAGCUUUGGGACAGCAGACUGUUCAACUACGGCCAUCACGAGGUCCUGCGAUUCCUGCUGAGUAACCUUCGCUUCUGGAUGGAGGAGUACAACUUUGAUGGUUUCCGUUUCGACGGUGUCACCAGCAUGCUCUACACCCAUCAUGGAAUUGGUACGGGCUUCUCUGGAGGCUACCACGAGUACUUCGGCCCUGGAGUCGACGAGGAUGGCGUUGUCUACCUCAUGAUUGCCAACGAGAUGUUGCACUCGCUCUACCCCGACUCUAUCACCAUUGCCGAAGAUGUCUCAGGCAUGCCUGCUCUCUGCUUGGCCCUCUCUCUCGGUGGUAUCGGCUUCGACUACAGACUUGCCAUGGCCAUUCCCGAUCUGUACAUCAAGUGGCUGAAGGAGAAGGAGGACAUUGACUGGGACAUGGGCAACCUCGCCUUCACCCUUACAAACAGAAGACAUGGUGAAAAGACCAUCGCAUACGCAGAGUCUCACGACCAGGCUCUGGUUGGUGACAAGACCCUUCUGUUCUGGUUGUGUGACGCCGAGAUGUACACCAACAUGUCUACUUUGAGCGAGUUCACUCCCGUCAUUGAGCGCGGUAUGGCUCUGCACAAGAUGAUCCGACUCAUCACCCAUGGUCUUGGUGGCGAGGGCUAUCUCAACUUUGAAGGCAACGAGUUCGGACAUCCCGAAUGGCUCGACUUCCCUCGUGAGGGUAACGGCAACAGCUUCCACUACGCUCGCCGUCAAUUCAACCUCGUUGAUGACAAGCUGCUCCGCUACCACUUCUUGAACGACUUCGACAGCAAGAUGCAGUGGACCGAGGAGAAGUAUGGCUGGUUGCACUCCGAUCAGGCAUACAUAUCCCUGAAGAACGAGAACGACAAGGUCAUUGUCUUCGAGCGUGCCGGCCUGCUCUGGAUCUUCAACUUCCACCCUACAAACAGUUUCACCGACUACCGCGUUGGUGUCGAGCAAGGAGGUACUUACCGUAUCGUCCUGAACUCCGAUAGCAAGUCAUUUGGCGGUCUGGGCCGUGUCGACGAGAGCACCCGCUUCUUCACCACCGACUUUGCCUGGAACGACAGAAAGAACUUCCUCCAGGUCUACAUCCCCACGAGAUCAGCUAUUGUUCUUGCUCUCGAAUCCACUUUGUAA